GUGGCGAGAUCUGAUCCCGCCCCUGGAUGAUGCUUAAUACACUGGUUUCAUUUCUCAUAACACCCUACAAAUCUAGUGCCACUUGUGCCAGUGCUGCUACGCCCGGUGCAUCCACCAGAACACAUCGAAUACCGCAAAGAACGCAAAUUUAUUAAUCCAAUUUAUUGCCAACACACAAACAGUCACUCACCAAUCAAGUUCUAAUCCGAAAUCAAAAUUAGAGCUGAAAUAAAUUUACCGAAGAAAGAAAAUAAUAUUGGAUUUAGUGAAGAAGAGCGGCGUGAAAUCGUAGCAACGAUUUGAAAACGGUGAUGCUUGGAAGACAAUGAUUACAAGUCAAGUGUUGAUUUCGAAGAGUUGAAAAUACUUAGUGGCUGUGCUCGAGCGACGGAAGACUGGUUUAAUUGAUAUAUUUGAAGAGAAGACGUAAAGCUUUAGAUGAAUUUGUCGACGGGACCAAUGGAUUGUUCGGCUACGUCCAUUCUAUCCAACAUGCCCUGCUCUCCGACGGAACAGCAUCAUCACCAUAGCAAUGGUUUUUUCUUUGCAGAACUACGGGGUUCUCCAGCCAGCGUGGACUGCUACCAAUCAUCGGAGCCGGAACAGCAUCCUCUAGCACUCUGUUUACCGGCAUCCCAGACUCUGGUACAAGCAUCGAGGACUCCUCCACCACCAUGGAGUCUACCCACGAAGAAAGGUGCACCAGGUCUCAUAUGCGUCGUCUGCGGUGACACCAGUUCGGGAAAGCAUUACGGAAUCCUGGCUUGCAACGGCUGCAGCGGCUUCUUCAAACGGUCCGUGCGCAGAAAACUGAUUUACAGAUGUCAAGCAGGAACUGGAAGAUGCGUCGUCGAUAAAGCCCACAGAAAUCAGUGUCAGGCUUGCAGGUUGAAGAAAUGCCUAUCCAUGGGCAUGAACAAAGAUGCGGUGCAGAAUGAAAGACAACCUAGGAACACGGCAACAAUAAGACCAGAGGCAUUGAGGGACAUGAGCGCCGAGCAAGAAAGGGCUCUACGUGAAGCUGCGGUCGCCGUUGGAGUGUUCGGUCCCCCGGUUUCUUUGACGAUGGCUCUUUCUCCUGCCCGUUACGGUCCCAGUUUGUUACAUCCCGCUGUUCCACCGCUCCCGGUCAUGAACAGGGAACCUACGCCCACCAAACAGGACACCAACAGCGAUAAUGAUGAGGAAAGCAUAGAUGUGACCAAUGAGGAAGAGGAUACGCCAACUUCCGGUUGUGGUGUUUCCUCAAGUUCAGGUCCAGUUCGGCCUGAACCACAUCCAGCAAGUUUGACAACCAGCUUAUAUCCCAGCAGCCACGAAACAGUCUACGAAACAUCAGCUCGACUCCUCUUUAUGGCCGUUAAAUGGGCGAAGAACCUGCCAAGUUUUGCUAGUCUGCCAUUCAGAGAUCAGGUAAUUCUAUUGGAAGAAGCUUGGAGCGAACUGUUCUUGUUGAACGCCAUACAAUGGUGCAUGCCUUUAGAUGUCAGCUCAAGUCCGCUGUUCAAUCCAAACGAGCACGCCAAGAAUGGUCAUUCGACGACAGAUGUGAGGAUUUUGGCGGAUACUUUGAUGAGAUUCAAAUCAGUUCAUGUUGAUCCGGCGGAAUUCGCUUGUCUAAAAGCUAUUGUCCUCUUCAGAGCAGAAACUCGCGGAUUGAAGGACCCCAGUCAAAUUGAGAAUCUCCAAGAUCAAGCACAAGUCAUGCUUUGGCAGCAUUGCAGAGCGCAACUCCCUGGACAAGUAGCGCGUUUCGGAAGACUCCUGCUCAUGCUUCCACUUCUCCGCAUCGUUCCAGCUGCCAGAAUCGAAGCUGUAUUCUUUCAGAAGACUAUUGGCAAUACGCCGAUGGAAAAAGUCCUUUGCGAUAUGUACAAAAAUUAAUCAAUAUAAGUACACCUCAUAACUACUACAAAAAGAAAUUGUAAAUA